AUGCCGUAUGUGAGAAGAGAAGAGAAGAGAAGAGGAGAGAGAGAGAGAGAGAGAGAGAGAGGGAGAAUACAGGAGGGUUUGACUUUUCUGAAAUAGGACGAUCUCUGCUACUCUUUUUAUUCCUCUUCUUGUCUGGGGUGAUAGAAAAGACGGCACAAGAUACCAAAACUAAACAGACUCGGGGAUCACUGUUUGUAUAACUAAGAUUUGAUCACUAACAUGUUGAGCAAUGAGGCUUAGAUUAAAGAAAUGGGGUGUCUAAUCAGUCGAGAAGUCUCAUCUGGUAUAAUAUCUGAGGUGAAGGAGGAGGAGAAUCUGAAUGUUCAGUCUAAUAGGAAGGUAGAUGAUGUCUCAGCUAGGAAAGUAGAUACGAAUGUUGUUGAGGCUCAUAAUGGUGGGAUAAAGGAGGGGGAGAAGGAUGGUGGUGAAGGGGGUCAGCGGCCACCGGGGGAGAGAAGGUCUAGGGCGAACCUGAGGCAAAGUAAUCUACCAAAGCAUUCACGACGAGAGCAGCUUGUAGCUGGGUGGCCACCCUGGCUCACAGAUGUGUGUGGGGCAGCACUCACUGGGUUGAUUCCACGGAGGGCAGACUCUUUUGAGAAGAUUGACAAGAUUGGGCAGGGAACAUAUAGUAACGUGUACAAAGCUAGAGAUAUAUUGACGGGUAAACUUGUUGCGCUGAAAAAGGUUCGUUUUGAUAAUUUGGAACCUGAGAGUGUGAGAUUUAUGGCUAGAGAGAUACUCAUUUUGCGGCGUUUGGAUCAUCCCAAUGUUGUCAAGUUAGAGGGUUUGGCUACAUCAAGGAUGCACUGUAGUUUGUACCUGGUCUUUCAGUACAUGGAGCAUGAUUUAGCUGGCCUUGCUGCUAGUCCGGGAAUUAGAUUUACAGAGGCUCAGGUCAAAUGUUACAUGCAUCAAUUACUAUCUGGACUUGAGCACUGUCACAACCAUGGAGUGCUUCACCGUGACAUUAAAGGAUCAAAUCUUCUUAUUGACAAUAGUGGAAUACUAAAGAUUGCUGACUUUGGGUUGGCUUCUACCUUUGAUCCAAACCAAAAACGCACCAUGACUAGUCGGGUGGUCACUCUUUGGUAUCGACCUCCUGAACUCCUUCUUGGGGCUACUGAUUAUGGAGUGGGCAUAGACCUUUGGAGUGCAGGUUGCAUUUUAGCUGAGUUAUUGGCUGGAAAACCAAUUAUGCCAGGCCGUACAGAGGUAGAGCAACUGCAUAAGAUAUACAAGCUAUGUGGCUCACCUUCUGAUGAAUACUUCAAAAAAGCAAAAUUGCCUAAUGCAACCUUAUUCAGGCCCCGAGAACCUUACAAACGAUGCAUUAAAGAGACAUUUAAAGAUUUCCCUCCAUCAUCAUUGCCCCUUAUUGAUACUCUUCUUGCAAUUGAUCCAGCAGAAAGGCUGACGGCCACUGCUGCAUUAAGAAGUGAGUUCUUCACUACAGAACCUUAUGCAUGCGAACCGUCUAGCCUCCCAAAAUAUCCUCCAAGCAAGGAAAUAGAUGCUAAACGACGGGAUGAUGAAGCUCGGAGGUUAAGAGCUGCCGGUAAAGUCCAGGCUGAGGGUGUAAAGAAAACACGCACCCGUGAUCGUGCUGUUAGGGCAUUUCCAGCUCCAGAAGCUAACGCUGAGCUUCAAUCUAAUCUUGAUAGAAGGCGUCUUAUUACCCAUGCAAAUGCAAAGAGCAAGAGUGAGAAGUUUCCUCCACCACACCAGGAUGGACAACUUGGCUUUCCCUUGGGUGCUUCUCAGCAUAUCGAUCCUGCAAUUGUUCCACGAGAUGUCCCUUUUAGUUCAACCACAUUCACUUAUUCAAAAGAGCCAUUCCAAACUUGGUCAGGUCCGAUUGGUGAUGCUGGUGGCAUUCACGCUCCAAGGCGGAAAAAGCAUGCCGCAGGUGAUGCAAGAGAAACAUCAAAAUCGCAGUCAGGAAUCCUCAAAGAUAGAAGUAUCGAUGCUCAUAGUAAAGGAAAGAAAGUCAUAGCUUGAACUUGUGUUUACACGUCAAGAUUCAGAUCUGUUAAGCUGGAUUGCCUAUGCUCAUACAUAAAGUUUAGAUGAAGUCCUAGUGCAAUAUUCAGCAAAAAAAAAAUAGGCCAACUGCAAUGUAAUGCAGGUCUAUUAAACUCCGACUAGUUUCUUCUUCUUGCAUCGAAAGAGGAUGUAAUCGAUUGGUUAAAGGUGCAGGGGGUAUAAUCAUUUUUCCCCUCUAUAGUCCCUUACUUUUUCUCCCCAAUGAGGUGAAAAAAUAAAAAGAGGAUCAAUCACUAGAAAACUGGCCUACUUUGUAUAUUUUGAUUUAAUUUUUUGGUUUCAAGUUCCUUGCGUUGUAAAACGAAUCCAACUCUCUAAUUUUUUUUUUCCUAACUUCCAUAUCUAUAAGCGCAGCUCCAGUUACAUUUUUGUGUUUGUA